UGAGCUGACAAACUUCGGGAGGUCCCCAGCCAUUGGUCGGGGUCGGGUCACCUGACCGUCCCGUUCAGUGAUAUGGUCACUGGGAAGCCUAGAAAUGUAUAGAUGGAAGUUUUUACAGCUUUGAUAUAGUACCCAGAGGUUGUAGGGCAGGAGAAAUCUCCCCCAAAAAUACAAGCUGACCCUCCUCCAGCACUGAUGGACAACACCAGAAUGAAUUCUUUCCUAGAGUACACAAUUUGUAACCGCGGGGCGAGCACCUACUCGCCCAAGACUGGGUACCCCCAUUUGGAUCAAGGGAUCGCGGCUUCCUUUCCGCCCUGCUCAGGCACAGCCAGUGAUAGCUAUAAUAACGCUGAUGGACGCUUUUUCGUGGGAGGGAGCGCACCCGCCGCCUCCGCCUCUCAGCAUCAGCACCAGAAUCCGGGCUAUCCGCAUCAUGCCAACAUGGGGCUGCCCUACGCCAGUACCGGCCCGGCCGGGUACGGCUCCCAAACAUGCCCAAACCAGGAGUAUGGGCACCAGUACUAUCUCAGUCAAGAACAGCAGGACGGGGUCUAUUUCCAGACCUCCGGAUAUUCUGGUACCAACACUGGGCCCAAUUUAGGCGCACUGGCUGGUUACUGUGGGGUACCUGCGACAGUCACCACGAACCAGUAUCAGCCGCCAGCCUGUGCCGGCUCGGAUCCCCAGCAGAGCUAUCUGCAAAGCUCCUAUGCCAACGUGUCCCCAACUCAGCGAGGAGAGAGGGAUCUGAACUGCCACCCAGAUCAGGGUUCAUCCGGGCAAACCUUUGACUGGAUGAAAGUUAAAAGAAACCCACCGAAAACAGCUAAAGUUGCAGAUUAUGGUCAACAUAAUACCAUCAGGACGAAUUUCACAACCAAGCAGUUGACGGAACUCGAGAAAGAAUUCCAUUUUAAUAAGUACCUGACCCGGGCCAGGCGCGUUGAGAUCGCAGCCACACUCGAACUGAACGAGACCCAGGUCAAGAUCUGGUUCCAGAACCGACGGAUGAAACAGAAGAAGCGAGAAAAGGAAGGCUUAGCUCCGCGAGUCAGCAGGGAUUUGUCAAAAGACUUGGGAGACAACUCGGACCAGUCCAGUUCGUGCUCACCCGACGCAUCUCCAAACUCAGCAUCUUCAUAAAAAAUAAUAAAAUAAUAACUUAAAGACUUCACCAUUGAAUACGAAUAAGAAAACAUACCAGAAAACAUAUCCCCCAAAAAAGGCGUGUCUUUGAAUAUUUCUUAUUCGCCUAUACUGAAGAUUACUGCAAUGAUUAAUUACAAACUGUGUUGAUCACCGCAGGGGCUCUUGCUGUGCCCUGAACAGAGUCAUAGGAAAAUGCUUAAAGAAAGACGCGUUUUUACUGUACAACCACAUGAGCUCAGGGACUGUAUUCUGCCUGUGAAGUUGGAAGCGCACUUUCUCCCUGUUUACACGCGUUAACGCCCGCAAACUUCGUUUCAGUAUUAAUGAAAGAUUAUACAUGAAAAGGAGGAGGUGCUUUCUGGAUGAAAAAAAGUCUGUAAAUAUUUGUAGCCUUAAUGGAGUCUAUACCUCAGAGUUUUCUAUUAAACGUGUAUUACGAAAUUGCAGGGAGCCAAUUCGGCAGUGUAAAGAUGUUUGA